GCAGUGUUGCGUUUACCGGUGAUGAACAUAACCUCAGAAAUAAGUGACGUGUCUGAUUGUUUUUAUACUUUUUAUACAAAUAAAAUUUUUGUAUAUAAAAGUGAAAAAAAUGGAUUUUGUAUAUAGAUUACCCUUCUAUGUUUUAGAAGUGCCAAAUUUAAAACUAAAAAAACCAUCAUGGUUUAUGAAACCAAGUGCAAUGGUUGUUUUUUCAUUUGUUCUCCUCUCGUAUUUUUUGAUGACAGGAGGCAUUAUUUAUGAUGUUAUUCUUGAACCUCCAAGUGUUGGGUCUACAACUGACGAACAUGGUCAUAGUCGACCUGUUGCUUUCAUGCCGUACAGGGUAAAUGGUCAAUAUAUAAUGGAAGGUUUAGCGUCUAGUUUUCUCUUUACUUUAGGAGGAUUAGGAUUUAUUGUUCUGGACCAAACGCACAGUCCAUCGACGCCAAAAUUAAAUAGAAUUCUUUUGAUAAGUGUAGGAUUUAUUAGUAUAGUUGUCUCUUUUAUCACAUGCUGGAUUUUCAUGCGAAUGAAACUUCCAGGUUAUUUGCAGUCAUAAUCGACAUCAAUUUGUGCAGUGAUUUUUUACAUGUCAAAUGCUUGAAAUGUUCCUGAUACUCAUGGAGAAAAAAUUAUCAUAAAACUGAAGUGUCUUGUGUAUACAAGUUUAUUUUUACGACAAAUAUAAAUUAAUUAUUUCACUUUUAGAAA